CUAACUGCAUCACCCUCACAAAUCAACACGCCUUAGUCUAAUAGGUGUCUCAAUCUACAUGCAAAUACACAUUAAGUUUUCAGAGAGGCAAGAGACAACAAAUACCCCACUUCAUUAUCUCAAAGCUCAACCUUUUCUCUUCCUGGUUUUCUUAAAACUCUGCGCUUUAUGUCUGAUUAUACCUUCUAAAGUGAAACCUUUUUCCUGAAAAAACCUUCCUAGCAUCUAACUUUUUCCUUAUUUUUCUCUGCCCCACCUUUCAAAUUAAUCAUGUCAAAAAGAGAAAUAAUCAACCAGCUUCGGUGCUUACAAGAGCUGAAUAUUAUGACCAAAAGAUAUGCUUUACUCUAAAGCAUGGCAAUAGAAUGUAGACAACACGUGUUGAAGACGGCCAAAGUGAGAGUUGUACACAUUCAGCUGCAUGUCAUGACAUGACAGAGUUCAAAGUUGAAUCCAACUACAUAGGACAAUUUCAAGAGUAGAGAUAUCAUGUGUCUAUAACACUUUCCCACCACACAACAUAGUGACUGUCUCAGAGGACACACACCCUUGACCUUUCUCUCUUUCCCCAAUAUUUCCAUUAAAGUUUGAGGCCUCCAAUUUAAGGUAAAGCAAAUCAAUACACACAACACAACAUGGCCUCCAAAAUCAUCCUCCAUCUUCCUCCUCUUAUAAUUACCAUUUUUACUGUUUUUCUCAAAAUCCAAACAACCACUUCUUCACCCCAACCCCCUCUCAUAUUGCCUCUAAUAUCCCAGACACUCCCACAUGGCUUUGUUUCUGUCCCAACUCCUUCUUCACGUAAGCUAUCUUUCCACCACAACGUCACCUUAACCGUUUCACUCACCGUAGGCACGCCCCCACAGACCGUUACCAUGGUCCUCGACACAGGCAGCGAACUCUCCUGGCUCCACUGCAAGAAAAACCAAAACAUUGACUCUAUCUUCAACCCACAACUCUCUUCCUCCUACACCCCUACACCCUGCACCUCAAACGUUUGCACCACCCGGACCCGAGAUUUCCCCAUACCCGUUUCCUGCGAUCCGAGAAAGCUCUGCCACGCCACCGUCUCCUACGCUGACGCCACCUCCAUAGAGGGGAACCUCGCCACCGACACGUUCUUCUUCUCCGGUUCGGGUCAACCGGGUAUUAUUUUCGGGUGCAUGGACUCCGGGUUCAGCUCCAACACCAAGGAAGAUUCCAAGACAACCGGGUUGAUGGGUAUGAACCGCGGGUCGCUCUCGUUUGUGACGCAAAUGGGGUUUCCGAAAUUCUCGUACUGCAUCUCCGGCCAUGAUUCCUCCGGCGUGUUACUCUUCGGCGAUGCGAAACUCACGUGGUUGGGUCCUUUGAAGUACACGCCACUGGUGAAGAUGAAUACCCCAUUACCCUACUUCGACCGGGUCGCGUACACGGUUCGUUUGAUGGGUAUUCGGGUCGGUUCAAAACCAUUGCAGGUGCCCAAGUCAAUUUUCGCGCCGGACCACACCGGGGCAGGACAGACAAUGGUGGAUUCGGGUACCCAGUUCACUUUCCUUCUCGGGUCGGUUUACACUGCUCUAAAGAACGAGUUUUUGGAACAGACGAAAGGGGUGCUGACCCUUUUGGAGGAUCCAAAUUUUGUGUUUGAAGGGGCGAUGGAUUUGUGUUUUCGGGUUAGAGGGGGUGUUGUGCCGACGGUGCCCGCCGUGACAAUGGUGUUCGAGGGGGCGGAGAUGGGUGUGUCCGGGGAGAGGCUAUUGUAUCGAGUGGGUGAUGACGUGGGAAAGGGAAAAGAUGUGUAUUGUUUCACGUUUGGGAAUUCAGAUUUGUUGGGAAUUGAGGCUUAUGUGAUUGGGCACCAUCAUCAGCAGAACGUGUGGAUGGAGUUUGACUUGGUCAACUCAAGAGUUGGAUUUGCUGACACAAGGUGUGAACUUGCGAGUCGAAGACUUGGCAUGGGUCCUUAGUUUGAUUAGAUUUGGGUCUGCUGUGCCCUACCAUUGCCAGAUUAGUCUUUUGGAUUUGGUGGACAACCACCUUAUUUUUUUAUACACAACUGCUGUAUCUUUUUCAUAAUACAUAAUUCUAUUACAACUGUUUAUGAUGUUUAACGCAACAAAUCUGUCUUAAGACAUCAAAUAAAUCUGUUACACUAAUUGAUUUACUCGUUUGGUGAUAUCAGUCUAGAGGUGUAGCCAACAGUAGUUGUACUGUUUCUUAGAUCCUACCAUUCGUUAAUGGCAGUGAGAGUUUUGGUGAUCUGUCAUGUGAUGAGGUUUUGUUGGGAGGCUUUUUGAUGUUGAACGUUCUGUGGACAGUAACAUAGAGUACAAUGGUGUAACUUAACGUCACAGUUACAACCAAGUGAAUCGUGCUUGCAAAAUUGAAAUAAUAGUGCAAUUUUCAGAUUUGUGUAAGUGUUUCUUUUGCAGAAAGCUUUAUCGUAAUGUUUGUUUCGUGUUCGUUGCGUCUGCACUAAUCCAUUGUUCUAUUUUGGUAAGAAUAUGUUUGCGGGCUUUGUAAUGGAAUGGUUUUG